ACGUAUUGUUUGCAUGCAUUGCAUUGCACGCCAAACGUAAACGUGACCUGAGCUGAGACUGCACUGUGUCAAUCUAUUUCAUACUCGAAAUUAUCUAAGUUUGCCUACUUCUAUAUUGAACUGAAGCAGAUUUAAAGAUGCCCAAGUACUACUGUGACUAUUGUGACACCUAUCUCACGCAUGACUCGCCAUCUGUAAGAAAAACGCACUGCAAUGGAAGAAAACACAAAGAGAAUGUAAGGAUAUACUACCAGAAAUGGAUGGAGGAACAAGCACAGUCUCUCAUUGAUAAAACAACUGCUGCAUUCCAGGCCGGUAAAAUCGCUCACAAUCCAUUCUCCACUGGUGGCCCUCCUGGUACUGGACCACCAGGCCCCGGUGGCCCUGGUGGUCCCCCAGGUCCCCCUGGUACAGGUGUCCGUGUACCCCCUCCUAAUAGCUACAAUCCUAAUGGACCAUUCCCUGGUGGUCCAAUGCCUCCUGGUGCUGGUCUUAUGAGACCCCCUCAUCCAAGAGGACCACCUGGUUUUAUCAUGGGUGGACCAGGACCUAGACCAUUGAUGAGACCAAUGGGACCAUUAUGAUCAACCUCUCACAAUCUGCUACUCCUCUGUAUAUAGCCCUGUUAUCCAUCAAUGUUUUCAUAUCAUUAGGCAAGUCCAAAAUAUUGUGCAGUUUAUCUGUAGGACACUUGAACUUUGUCCAAAUCAUACCUUUCUCUCCCCCACAUAAAUGGUAUUUUUAAUGUUAAUAAUAGUAGCUUCUUCGUCCUUCAUGAUAUGAUGCUCUCGGAAGUCCAAUGUAAUUACCCCCGUCAAAGCCAAGCAGACAAAUAUUUAUUAAUCACUAUAGCAUAUUGGGUACCCAUUUAUACCAGGGUGGAGAGUGGCAAACGUGGAUUAAUGUUGCCAAAGGACGUUCAUGCAGGGCUGGGAUUUGAACCCUUUACCCUUCAAUUGACGGUCAAACGAACGAACCAUUAUCCCAUGACACCUAAGCAGAGAUCAUAUCUUUCACUGCUUUGGCAUAAAAUGACACCAAACUUCAUUCGCCCAUGGACUACUGAAUGCUCUGAUUCCUAUAGGGUUAAUACAGGAUCUAUCCUGUUCUCGUAGGCAGUGGAUUAAUUGAAUCGGAAUGAUUAUUCUCCAUCUCUGUGAAUAUUAUUUUGGACUUGCCCAAUAUCUCUGCCAUCUAAGGUUCUUAUGGAAGCAUUGUCAUUU